ACGAGGCGUAAGGACUGCCUUUCUUUCCGUCCGGACUCAUACGUGUCAGUCCUUUUACUCGUUUGAAUCGAGGAAGGCUUGGUAGCAAGCUACCUACGUUGACAAAAAAACGGACCAUGGCACCGAAAAGCAGCAACAAACAGCAGUCUGAAGAGGAUCUUCUGCUCCAAGAUUUCAGCAGGAACCUGUCUGCCAAAUCCUCGGCGUUGUUCUACGGCAAUGCUCUUAUAGUUUCUGCCAUCCCCAUCUGGCUGUUCUGGAGGAUCUGGCACAUGGAUCUGGUCCAGUCGGCUGUCCUGUACAGCGUUAUGACACUCGUCAGCACGUACCUGGUUGCCUUCGCCUACAAAAAUGUCAAAUUUGUCCUUAAGCACAAAGUUGCCCAGAAACGUGAAGAUGCUGUCUCCAAGGAAGUGACCCGGAAGCUGUCUGAGGCUGACAACAGGAAGAUGUCUCGCAAAGAGAAGGACGAAAGGAUCCUGUGGAAGAAAAAUGAGGUGGCCGAUUAUGAAGCCACAACCUUCUCCAUCUUCUACAACAACACCCUCUUCCUGGUUCUCGUCAUCAUUGCCUCCUUCUUCCUGCUGAAGAACUUCAACCCUACAGUGAACUAUAUUCUCUCAAUCAGUGCGUCAUCUGGCCUCAUUGCCUUGCUGUCAACCGGAUCCAAAUGAACGCCUGGAGAGGAUUGUGGGAAAGGGGAUGUGGGGACUGGGCUAGGUUGGAUGGGGUGGGUCACAUGGAGUAUGAGUGGGGGGGGGGAAGAGUUCAUUGAACAAGCUAGUAAAUCUGAACAUUUGGAAAUCAUGAUCACAAACCUAGAGGUUUUUAAGGAUCUAAGCUCUGCUUUUUUCAAUAAAAUGUUAAACUCCAGAA